UAUGGAACAAGCAUAGUAAUAGCAUCAGAAGAAGAAACCACGAAACAGGCUAAGAGAAAAAAAUGGGUGACGCUCUUCAACUCCCCAUCAUUGACUUGUCCUCACCCGAUCGCUUGUCCACCGCCAACUCUCUCCGUCAAGCAUGCGUUGACCAGGGUUUCUUCUACCUUGUGAAUCACGGGGUUGAUGAAGAAUUGGUUAAGGAAGUGUUUGAGCAGAGUACCAAGUUCUUUUCACUCCCGAUUGAAGGCAAGAUGAAGUUGGGUAAAACGAAUCACAGAGGUUAUACUGAACUUUAUGCUGAAAAACUUGACACUUCUUCUUUAAGUACCAAAGGGGACUCUAAGGAAAGUUUCUAUAUUGGUCCGCUUGCUGAUAACCUCAAUCAAUGGCCUUUAGAAGAAGAUCUGCCAUCUUGGAGAAGCACAAUGGAGACUUAUCAUAAAAAAUUGCUGUCUGUUGUGACUAAAUUACUUUCUUUAAUUGCCCUGUCCCUGAAACAAGAAGAAGAUUUCUUUGAAAAAGUGGGAGCACUUAAUGAACCUUUGGCAUUUAUUCGUUUAUUACAUUAUCCAGGAAUGCUUGAACUAUUUGACUUGGACUCUUCUUACGAAGAAACAUAUGGUGCUUCUGCUCAUUCAGAUUAUGGAACAGUCACUCUUCUGGUUACUGAUGGUGUUCCGGGGCUUCAGAUUUGCAGGGAGAAAUCUGUGAAACCACAGGUUUGGGAGGAUGUGCCAAGCUUGAGUGGGGCAUUCAUUGUCAACAUCGGGGACAUGAUGGAGAGGUGGACUAAUUGUUUAUUCAGGUCAACGCUGCACAGAGUUCUGCAACCCCGACAAGACCGCUACUCCGUGGCAUUCCUUACGAAUCCCAGCAAAGAUUGUAUUGUGGAAUGUUUGGAAAGCUGUUGCAGCGAGUCUUGUCCUCCAAGAUUCCCACCCAUAAAAUCCUCAGAAUACUUGGAAGAGCGCAUCAGACUUGCAAAUGACUUUUAGCUAAAGAAAGUGCAAACAUUGAACUCGAUGCGAUCACAGUGUGCAGGUCUCUGUACUGUAAUAAACAAACACAAAUUAUUGUACCAAAAUCAUCAACAUUGUACCAAAACUUCUAUCUUGGUGCCUUGGCAAGAAAGCUGUGUGUAACGACAUGUGUAUCUCUCUGUACUUCAAA